GUUCUGAUCCCUUUUUGUUUUGACUUUUAAAAAUGGCCGACGACGACGAAAUUGACAUUCUUGGUGAUUUUUCAUUUAAUUCUUGUUUUGCCCAAAAUAAUCAGGGAAUUCCUUCUUGCUCCAACAGAGAAGACACCGUGCACCCUCAAUGGCUUCUGGAUUCCCCUCCAACAAAUUGGUAUGAUACACAGAAUAAAGAUAAAAGUUAUAGGCCCAAAGAUGGACCAUCAAGGAAGUUAUCAGGAACAACAGCAAAUUAUCAGCAUACAACGGUCCAUACAUCCUGGACUCAGAAGGAAAGAGAUUUGCUGGCACAAGAAAUGGCCAGGUAUGGAAGAAAUGUGAACAAAAUAUCCAAAGCACUAAAAACAAAAAGUGAAUUAGAAAUUCAAGCUCUCAUAGAAGCAGAGCACGGCAUUCUGUUGGAGACGGAAAAUAUUAAAACACCCGCAGUGAAACCUGACAACAUACCCACAGUAGCACAGGAGGAAAAAGUAUCUAACUGUGGUAAUGUGGAUCUUGUGGUUAAUAACAACACAGAAGAAUGUGAAACGGCACCUGUUCCAAGAAAAUGUUCAAAAAUGAAGAAAUCACACAAAAAUAUCAAAGAAAUUGACAUGACCAUUGAAACAAAUCCAAUGAUUGGCUCCGAAAUAUUCUAUGACGAUGAUUUAAUUAUAGGAUCGACAGAGUCCAUCGGUUCCGAGUUAGAUGUGACAGAUGUUGUAGCAACGAGUCUCACCAAGCAGCAAAGAGACAAAACGAAAGUGUUAAGGAAGAAUGGAAACCACAGAAGAAAAGUGUCCAGAAACUUCGAUAGAAAUAGGAGCAAGGAUUUUCUUAAAUCACCACAUAGAAGAAAAAAGGAUUCCAGUUUGUCAGAUGAUAGUGUGAAAAGUCCAAAGAUGCAGAUUGUUCUGGGCUCUGGGCUGGCCCUGCCUGUGUCAGAAGGUGAAGAAGUGAUAAAAAUAGAGAAGAAGCCCGACUUAGAUGGUGAAAGUGAUAUAGAAGUGGAUGUAGGCAGUGAUUCUGAUAAAGAUAUAUAUAUACCAAAAAAUAAAACAGUCAAAGAGGUUGUUCACGAAGAGGUUCCAGUUGCUGUGCCAUUGAGAAAAUUUGAACCCAUGCCCAGAAGAAAUCGGAAAAUUAACUUAGACGGCGGUGGUGGUUACACGAUAAUGCACACGGAAGCUGGUGACAUGUAUGAGAUAGGUCAAGAACCUCGGAAAGAGAGACAGCAAAGAAAACAAGCGGUCCAACUUAUACCGUUGCAUGUUUAUAACUCUGAGAAACCGGCGCCGUGUGCGGUGCACAUGUUCGUGUCGGUGUUAGUGAGUAUGGACGUGCAGGCUCACUGCAGCAGGGCGGAGGUGAUGGGUCUGACGGGAGGCAGCUGGGAGCCCGGACCACGAACACUCACACUGCAGCUGUACAGGACUGUGCGGGCCGCCGCCGCACACACGCACUGCGACAUGGACCCGGUGUCCCAGUCGUCGUCGGCGGAGUCCCUCCGGUGUCGUGGUGUGAGUGUGUGUGGUUGGCAUCACUCCCACCCCCAGUUCCCGCCCUCUCCGUCCGUGAGGGACCUCGUCAGUCAACGCUCGCUCCAGAGCCUCGCCUGGGGUCUGCCGUGUGUGGCGCUGGUCACCUCCCAGCACUGGCCUCCCGGACGCAGAGCCUCGCAACUCAGAUGUUUCCGGGUAGAAGAGGACGACAAACAUGCCACUCCGGAGGUCCCCGCGGGCUACCAGCUCAAUGUGAAGUUGGAGCGUGACCUGGACCGGAGCACCCUCGACCAGUACUUGGAGGAGCUCCGUGUCCUGGCACACGACACGCUCGCACACGUGGAGCUGCCCGUGGACGUGACGCGGGACGUGUGUCCUCAGGCCGGCAUCACUUACAUGGAGAAGUGCCUCUCAAGUGUGAGUCACCACAUGCGGUCGGCCGGCUACGAAGACGAGGAUCCCAUAGUCGCUCGGCUGUUACAAGGAAUUAGAGAUAUAUUCAGAUAGCACCGAGCUCGCUCUCACUAGACGCAUUAGUAAAUGUACCUGACUGAUACGUAGGGAGUGUAGAUAGGGACGUGACAGACGGACGGAAAUAUAUACAAUAAGUAUUUAUGUUGUAUUAUGACAAGUUGUCCUGUGGCGAGCAGGUCGUUACUUGGAGAUUAAUUGUUAAGUACGCUAAUAUAAUAUUUAAGUUUAUUUGACCUUCAAUAAAACGUUUUACAUUAA